CCGCCGAUGGUCGCCGCAGUGCGGUCCGGGAUGCGCAUCAGAAUGGAGGAAAUGGCGAGCCUCGACGUCAACGUCCCAUGGAGCUUGAUCAACCGCAUCAAAGCAGAGUGCGGCAGCGACUGCACGGUGUUCGACGCCAUUGUCGCGCUUAUCUGGCAGUGCCGCACCCGCGCGGUCAUCUCCGACCCCUACGCGCCCGCGCCCCUCGUCUUCACGAGCAACAUUCGAGGGCUCGUGGGCGCCAAGCGCGGCUACUACGGCAACUGCCUGAUGGGGCAGACGGUCCAAGCGAGGAGCGGCGCGGUGGCGAGCGGCGACGUCAAGGACCUGGUAAAGCUCAUCAGGGUUGCCAAGGAGGACAUACUCAUGAACGGCGGGGGGGGCGCCGACGCCCCCGCGCAGGCUCCCCCGCCGAGCUACUCCAAGUACAACACGCUGGCUGUGACGAGCUGGAGGAACAUUGGGUUCGACGCGGUGGACUUCGGGCGUGAGAGUCCAGCGCGGGUGAUGCCACCGAUGUGCAAGCCGGAGCAGACGGCGGUGAACCUCUGCAUUUUGUGUCCGCCGUGCAAGGGGAAGGACGGUGUCAAAGUCGUGUCCCAGUGCGUCAAGCCGGAGCACGCCGAUGUCUUCGUUCAGGAGUUGGCCGCCCCGGGUAUAUAG